CUGAAUUGUUAGGACGUCCUAGGAUGUUCCCAUACAAUAAGAGCCUCUAGGCCCUCAUCAAACAUCCUGAGAACCCCCCUCUAUAGGCCUAGAUAUUGGUUGUCCAAGGUGAUCCCCUCGGCGUGACUUCGCAUUCUACAAUAACACUCGCGAGAAUCCCGAAAGAACACCAGGGUUCCCUGCGUCGAUGACGCCUCCUCCAGUUGUACUCGUCACAGGAAGCUCAACAGGUGGAAUAGGCGCAUCUCUCUCCGAAGCUUUCGCAGCUCGAGGGUGCAUCGUUUAUGCCACAGCAAGGAGACUAGAUUCACUCCAAAGACUGGAACAUUCCAUCCAAGGUGUCACUGGCGAUGAUUCCUCAAAGCCGGUCGCCGGGACAGGUGUCGUGAAGAAGUUUCGGUUGGAUGUCACUUCUGAGGACAGUGUGCAAGAGGCUGUGAAGGAGAUCAUCACUGCAGAAGGUAGAAUUGAUAUUUUGGUGAACAAUGCAGGUAUACAUUGCAUAGGUCCAGUGCUAGAUGUCUCAACGAAAGAAGCCGAAGCGGCCUUCCAAACGAACGUCAUAAGCGUGAUGCGAAUGCAAAGUGCUAUCGUACCCCAUAUGGCAACCCAGAGGAGUGGACUUGUCAUUAACAUAGGCAGCAUCACUGCAAUAGCCCCAAUACCGUUCGCGGGUGUUUAUGCCGCGACGAAGGCUGCAUUACGUUCAAUCACCGAGACUUUAUAUCUCGAAUGCAAGCCUUUCAAUGUAGAUGUAAUGCUGAUCGAAGCAGGCGGCGUACGAAGCAACCUAUCCCAAAACGCGGCUCCAAGGUAUAACAUCCCUGAAAAAUCACUUUACAAAUCAUACCUCUCGAAAAUCAUCGGCAGGAUGCAUGCUUCACAAUCACCAGGUGCGAUGGAUACCGACGAGUUCGCCCGAGCCGUCGUAUCGAAGGCUCUACCCAAGCGAGAAGUCUAUACUCUUGCUGCUGUCACCCCUCUCAAUAAUGAUCCCGGGGCAGCAGCAGGGAUCACUACGAACCCCACUGCCGUUGUAUUUCCCAAACGAUAUGGGACUCCAGCAAGAUAUCUGAGUAUUGGAUCAAGUGCAUUGUCGUUUUGGAUCAUGAGCUGGUUGCCGAGAGGAUUCUUCCUUAAUCUACUUUGGAAAAAGGCACAGGCGUUUAGACCUCCACCUGGCGUUGAAGUUCCAGAGCUAUAGUGCAGACAGACAACCAUCGCUUUUGUUGCCCGUUUCUGUUCAACUCGGGGCGUACCUUGAUUUAUGUUUAGAACAAAACAUUCUACACGAGAGUGGCCAAACCCGUACUUUCCCAUUCUCGAGAAAGGAACGAUGAUGAAGAGUUAUUCUGCUUCUACGCUAGCCUCUGAACGCCGCAUCUGAUCAACGAGUUCCAACCACUCGCCAACAUCUUGCCAGAACUGUUUUUGCUUCCGUUCCAAACCAUAUUGGCAUCACACUUCCGUGAUUCGUCGACCCUUCAAGAUGAUACACGUG